CGUCGCACCAUCGUCAUCGGCAGGCGAGCGUCCCGACCGAGCGUCGCUCUGUCUCGCCAAGCUAGUAUCAAACCGGGAGUCGUCGAGAGGGUCGACCGAUCCAACAACCCUCCGGGAGAAUCGGUCGAUUGACAACCGCGGCCAGCCAUUAGAGGACGAUAAACGGGUAGGGUUUCCCGGCUGGAAUUUUCGCGCGCGCGUUCGCGACUUGGACGUCCAGUUUUCGUUCUCGGAGAGAGAGCCUCCGGGUGGCGAAGAGCGAGGAACAAGUGCGAGAGAGAGAUAGGAAGAGGAAAGAAAGAGGGAGAGAGAGAGAAAAAUGGAGCGCGCGGCCGGAUCGAUCGCGAUACGAACGGAUGGCUGACUCGAGAGUGAACCGUGUUCAGAGUACUGGUAGUCCGAGGGCUUGAAACGAGAGCUGGUGCCGGCGCCAUUCGACGCCAGCCACGAGCUCACCACGUCGGGGAACGGCGUCGUCACGAACGUCGCCGUGCGAUCAUCCCCCGGUGUCUCUCUCUCUGCGAUUCUGCGUCGCGACGCCGGGAGAGGGAGGGAUACAGAGAGAGAGCUGGUGUGUGGUGAAAGUGCCUCAUCGCGUGAUUAGGUCGAGGUCGUGUCGCUGGGACCGCUCUCUAUCCGGUGACCUUCGCCGCUGGAGAUGAAGCUCGUUGAUGUUAGAUGACGUCCCUCGCGAUUCCGGACUGAUUUGACGUGUCGUUUCGCAGCCGUCUUUUCCCGAAACGUGUGUACUUAGGUAUCUCGGCUGAAAGGAGAAAGUGUGCCAUCGCGACGCGACGCGACGUGUUACGAGACGACCCGAGGGAAUCACGGCUUAGGCACCCUCGACACGAAGCAAUACGAGAGGGAUAACGGCUCCCUCGACGUUGUGGAAGUCGUCGCUCGGCGUGCUAUGCGUGAUCAAUCCGAGGAUUCUUCGGGAACAGUGAUAGGGAGAGAUAGGAAGAAACUGAAAGUCCCAACAGUCCUCUAAGAAUUAUUCCAGUUUCCGUAUUCUUAUUAUUUCGAUAGCGUUUGCUGAUUAGACACUCUCGAAUAAAUCAAAAAAAUUUGUUCGGCGAUUACGUGAAAUUAGAAUCUUGAAAAAGUUUGCAUCGCAAGAGCAACCAGAACAUCGAUAUUAUUUUUGUUCCUUCGAAGUAUUUAAGUGACUGUGGUCGAUUGAUGAUCUUCCGCAAAAGGAUGUUAGUUACAUUCAAAGAAAUUGCGUUAUGUUGAUCAAGCAAUUUAUUAGGCCACAGAUGUAAUUAAUAUUUUUUUUAGAAAAAUCUAUUAUUCUAACUUCUCCUUCGUCUUUGUUUUGGAUCAUACAAAAGUGAGACGAUUUUAAUAAAGAGAAAAAGAUGUCGUGAAUUCUUAUCGCGUUUCCAGUGUUUUUAGAGUGUACUCGCAUACGUUUACACAUUUAUGAAUUUUGAUGCAUCCAACUAACUGACUGAACCUGCAAUUGAAGACAUAUCCAGAAAUAUCGAUUUGUAUUGAAGCAAUGAAAUUUGAUCAAAGAUAAAGUAUCAUUUUACGAAUAAUUAUUAUCAAAGCAGUUUUUAUAAGUAAUUAUUAUUGAAAAUUAUCUCGAGCAAGAGAGAGAGAGAGAGGAAAAAGAAAGAAAAUCUCCAACAGAGUCGAAACUCUUCCCCGAAAUCGUACGACUGAUAAUCGUGACUCGAGCUGAUCGAAGACAUUUAAAGAUAUUUACAUUGCGAGAAGGACGGAGAACCAGCGCGUAACACACCCACCACGGGUGCAUCUCGCACGAAUCGCGCGUGCGUGCUCACGUGCUCACGGAUGCAGCAGCCGGGUGUCACAACGUGGCCGACGUCACGCACCCACGCUUCGGGCUCCUACGCGGAAUGCGUAUGAGCGCGUGACGUCAUCUCGCGCAACCGAUAUCCGAAGGUACGAAUGAGCAGGAUCUAGCGGCAAGGAUCUCAAGGGAUUCAAGAGUGAAUCAUGCGUCAUCCCUCGCUUCUACCGGCGCCGGUGGUGCUCCUGCUCGUCUGCCAGGUGGCCCGUUCGUUUCUCCUGGAGGGCUCCGCGACCAGCUACGCGCAAUUUCGGAAAUGGAACGCCGGCCUGAACGGCACCCUCGAAUUCGAGUUCAAGACCGAGCAGGGAAACGGGUUGCUGCUUUACACGGACGAUGGUGGCACUUACGACUUCUUCGAGGUGAAGCUGGUCGAGAGCGCGCUCAGGCUUAGGUACAACCUAGGCGGCGGCGCGCAGAUUGUCACCGUCGGCCACGACCUCGGCGACGGACACUGGCACAAAGUGCAGAUCACCAGGUGCAACGAGAACACUACUCUGACGGUGGAUGGUGUCAGCGCGGUAUCCACGUCGCGCGGCAAGGAGUUCGAAUUCGGCAAGCUCGCCGGGAACUCGGAUGUCUACGUGGGCGGGAUGCCUAGCUGGUACAACAGCAAGCUAACGCUGCUGGCGCUGCCCAGCGUAAUAUUCGAGCCGAGAUUCAAUGGAUUUAUUAGGAAUCUCGUGUACGCCGAUGGGGAGAAUACCAUGCCCAGGAGACAGGAGAUGAAGAGUCGGGAUGCCAAGUGCGGUGGCUUCCCGUGUGUCGAGAGCGCCAACAAACGCAAGUCGCCGAGGAGUUUACGCAACAUUGCGAAUACAACAGACGCUUGCGAGACUCGCGAUCCGUGUCAGCAUGGUGGCAUUUGCAUUUCUACGGACAGCGGACCGAUCUGCGAAUGUCGCACCGGCGAUUACGAGGGUGCAUACUGCGAGAAAGACAAAGCCCCUUCGGAAGCGUCCUUCAGAGGGACCGAGUAUCUCACGAUAGAUCUGAGCAAAGGAGAACCGGUACUCAGUACACAGGAAUCUAUAAGCCUUCAGUUCAAAACGAGACAGCCAAAUGGACUUUUAUUUUAUUCCGGAGAGGGCGAUGAUUAUCUCACCGUGUCGCUGAGAGACGGAGGCGCCGCGGUAGGAAUGACCCUGGCCAAAGGAAGAUUGGAUCUGCACAUAAAACCGGCCAGGGUGCGAUUCGACGAUAAUCAGUGGCACAAGAUCGUCGUCCACAGGAAGGUUCAGGAGAUCUCUUCAAUAACCAGCUUCUGCAGGCUCUCUGCUAUUGUCGAUGGGAUUUACGCUGAGCACGGACAUACCGCAGGAUCGUUCGCGCAUUUAGCAAGCGAUCGACUUCUCGUCGGUGGAGGCGCCGAUGCGAGAUCCUUGCAGGGCGCUAAAGGGAUCAACAACUUCGUUGGAUGUCUGAGAAAGGUGGAGUUCGCUGCGGAAGGAAUCAAGAUGGAACUGAUCGAAGCGGCCAGGAGCGGAGCAGCAGGUGCUGCGGCUUGGGGAAAGAUGGAUUUUCACUGUCGUGAGCCAAAAGCCUCAGAUCCGAUCACGUUCACCACUAGGGACUCGCAUCUCAAGGCCGGAACGACGAUAAACAUGAGGCGACUCCACGGCCUUGUGGUCACCUUCACCAGCCCAGAGUCCCACCUGGUUCUACCACCUUGGAAAGCUGCCAAGUCCGGAAGUAUAUCCUUCAAAAUUCGUACGAACGAACCCCACGGACUGAUCAUGUAUAGUCGCAGCGGAGCGCACACGAGACAAGAUCUAUUUGCCUUCGAAAUUAUUGGCGGACAUCUUUAUCUACACGCCGAUCUUGGAAGUGGCCCCGUUAAAGUAAGAUCAUCAAAAACACGUAUCGAUGAUGGUACUUGGCACGACGUUGCCCUAAGAAGAGUCGAGAGGGAUGGUCGAGUUACUGUUGACGGUUAUACAGCCGAUUUUCGUACGCCAGGUGAUUCCACGCAAUUAGAUUUGGAUGGCUUGUUAUAUAUCGGUGGUGUGGGUGCACCAUUCGCGCCCUUAACAGUUCCGCCCGUUCUAUGGACAGGCGCCCUUCGACAAGGCUACGUGGGUUGCAUGAGAGACCUCGUUAUUAAUGGACAUCCGGUAGAUAUCGCAGGAUAUGCGCAACAACAGGAUUCCGGUGCAGUGAGACCCGCAUGUCACACUCAACCCGCGCAUUGCCCUUCGCAACCGUGUAUGCAUGGUGGCCAUUGUCUCGAAGGGUGGAAUCGAUUUCACUGUGAUUGUACCGGCACACCUUACACAGGACCCACUUGUGGCAAAGAUGCAUCGACACUGCAUUUAAAUGGUACGCAACAAAUGACGGCAUUGAUGCCGGAAGAGUCCAGGACACAAGCGGAGGAAGUCAUCAUACGCUUUAAGACAACAAAACACGUGGGUCUUCUACUAGCGACAAGUUUAGAGAACAGCGCCGAUCGUUUACAGAUUUAUUUAGAUGAGGGCAAAGCACAGAUGCUAAUUCACGUCGGAGAUCGAGAAAAGUUAAUGAUAGCUGGGCAGGGUCUCAAUGAUGACAUGUGGCAUACACUGAGAUUUUCCAGGCGGUCUAAUUCCCUCAAAUUCCAAGUCGAUGACGAAGCAGCGAUACGAGAAGACCCGCCGCUGGGAAAGCAGAGCAUCUUGGAGUUUCGCACCCUCCACGUAGGCGGAUAUCCUCAAAUAGGCGAGGACAUACCGCAUUUUGUGGGUCAAUUGCAGCAGAUCUGGUUCAAUGGAUAUCCGUAUUUGGAGAUAGCACGCAGCGCUGGAAGCCAUCAGGCCACUCAUCAGGGUGUUGCGCCCAUCAUCAGGGUCACUGGCAAAUUCGGGAAGAGGAAUCAUCCGGUUCACCAUCCGGUGACCUUCACUUCUAAACACACUUUUGUGGGCCUUCCGGUGCUCAAAGCGUACGUGGAGACCAACAUCUACUUCCAGUUUAAAACGCGCGAGGGAAACGGCCUGAUCCUUUUUAAUGGCGGAAGAGAGCAUGACUUUAUUGCAGUCGAGUUAGUUAACGGACACAUUCACUACGUGUUUGACCUUGGCGACGGAGCGGUCAGGGUCAGGGACACUUCGAAGACCAAAUUAAACGAUGGCAAGUGGCACGCCGUCAGCAUCGGUAGACCUGCCUCAAAGAGACAUACUCUCGCUGUAGACGACCACGUGACCGCUGUUAACAGCCAGGGCAGCAAUGAGAAUCUCGAUCUUGAUGGCAUUUUGUAUAUAGGCGGAGUAGAAAAAACGCAGUACAUUCAAUUACCGAAGCAAAUUAUCAGCCGUCACGGAUUCGAGGGGUGUCUGGCAUCGUUGGAUCUCAGUGGGGAAAGCAUCGAUCUCAUUGCCGAUGCUGUCGUGCCAAGUUCGCUCGUCACAUCCGGAUGCGACAUUUAUUCCAAUCUGCACCCAGGCAAGAAAUGCACGCACGAUCUCUGUGCGAAUCAUGGCACCUGCGUGCAGCAGUGGAAUAGUUACACGUGCGAUUGCGACAUGACGAGUUUCACUGGACCUACCUGUAACGAUGAGGCUAUCGCUUACGAAUUUGGGCCUGGAAAAGGAAUUAUCACAUACACCUUCCCGCCUGAUCGUCGACCGGAAAUGAAAAGAGAUACCGUGGCCUUGGGUUUCGUCACUAGUGUUAAUGAUGCUGUGUUGCUUAGGAUAGAAUCCGCGUCGAGUGACGAUUAUCUCGAAUUAGAAAUUGUGGAAGGUAAUGUUUUUGCGGUUUAUAACAUGGGCACCAAUGAUCAUCCGAUCGGCGAGGUUGGCGUAAAAGUUAACGACAACCAAUAUCACGUAGUUAGAUUUACCAGAACAGGACCGAACAGUACAUUACAAGUCGAUGACUACAAUCUGCAAUCUAAUCAUCCGUUGGGUCACCAACUGUCAGUGUUCAACAGCCAAUCUACUAUCCAAGUAGGCGGUCGAUGGAAUCGCAGCAAGGGCAGAGUAGAGCGACCAUUUCUGGGGAUAAUAGCCGGUCUGGUCGUUAAUGGUGCGAGAAUCUUAGAGCUGGCAGCAGCCAAAGAUGGUAAAGUUACAGUUAGAGGAGACGUGCAGCUCUUGCCGGCCGGAAGUCUCCUCGAUCGUGCCGCACCGUUGCAAAGAAUGCAACAGACACCUGCAUCCGGUUUUCCCGGCGUCGUAGAUGAUCUUAUAUUCUCCGGCGCCGGAAGUGGUUGCGCCGGCGAUGACGAAGACGAGGAGUGCACCCCAAUCUACGAGUCUGGUUCCGGUAAGUAUGACAUCAUCACGCCAGUAUACGUGGCACCCACGCGAUCGCCGACAACAUUAAGGCCAAAACAUCACAAGGAAAAUAUUCAAGAGCGUCCAUCGUGUGACGAUGAAGAAGACUGCGAAGAAGGCUCAGGCGAUUCCAGAACAACGGAAGAGAUUUUUGUCACCUCGGCUACCGACAUCAGCUCGGUGACGUACACGACGCCUCGCGAAUACUCGACGAGCCAUACCAGCACGCAGACAUCCUCGGCGUCGUCGACAACGUUGAGCCGCGACGUCGUCACCGUCUCCGUCCAAUACAAUGUGUCAACUACAGACCUCGAGACCAGCCAUGGCAGCAGCGUCGUGACGCACCGGUCGACAACCGUGACGACGCAGUCAACCACGACGGAGAUGACGGAACCGCCGCCACCGCCUCCUCCACCCAUGUAUCCGCCGUUGCCCACUCCGCCCAAGAAUAACAACAACAAUAAGCGAAUCACUUCCGAGGCGGCCGAGAAUGCCGCGCUCAUAAUCGGCAUCAUAGCCGCCGCGCUGAUAGCGAUAGUCCUCAUCAUAUUGAUAAUCCUCAAGUUCAAGAAUCGGCCGGAAACCAGCUACAAGGUGGACGAGACGAAGACAUUCUGCCAAGACCCGAACGCGGCCCUCCUGGGUGCCGCGGGCUCCGGUCAGCCCUUCAACGGCGCCCUGAAGAACGGCGCCAACGGCAGCAAACCUAAUAAGAAACGAGAACUGAUAGACAUUAAAGAGUGGUACGUGUAAAAAAAAAAAAACAUUGCUUUGCGUAUCCGAAUAUAUCACGCUCACGUCUUUCGUCAUCCUUUAUCGUUGGGAAAGAUCGUGAAUCGAGAGGGACAUCCCUCUGCCAAAAAGAGCGUAGCGAAAUAAUCCUCGUUAGUGUCGCGAGUGUGCAAAAAAUAAAAAAAAAUAAAAAAAAAUAAAAAUACGAGAGGGCUGAUCGAGCACUAUCGAAGAGAGAAUCCUUUCCUGCUUCACAACUGUAAUAGUAAACGGAGUCUCGCGAAUCCCGAAUUUGAAGGAUCUAUUCCGAGGGUCGGUGCACGCGCAAACUCGCGGCACCUUCUGCAAAUCUUCCUGUGCUUAUUGCAGUAGACAAUUUUUACGGAGAUGCCUCGUGAGAUUUCUGAGAUGCUCGACGAAACAAUUCGCGCGUGCGAUCCCGGAAAUAGUUGAAAGGCAUGUUUGAAGAAACAUCCUCUUUCGUACUUGAAAAUCCUUUUAUACCCUCGUGCGACGAUCCCGGGAAGGAUCUAAUGCGCACGAGAGAUUGAUCGGUGAUCGAGGUUAAGUAUUUGGGGUAAAAUGCAUUUCUUAAAGACUUGCUUUAAAAUUGGGCUCGAUAGAUCGUAUGCCCAGACGAAAGGACGUAUUCGUUCUUCGACGAAAGCAUAACGAAGCAUCGGUAAUAAUUUACAAAAUGCCAAUUAAUUCUAAUGCAAAUUAAGGCAGAUCAAAUCUUGGAAGAGCUGUCAAUAAAACAUAUAAAAUAUCGAUCAACGAUCUAGCACCGUUUGCUUCUCUUGUUUCAUCGACGCGAAAUCUCAGGAUAAAAUUAGGACAGGACCCGAGUAUCGAUCGUAAAAAAUCUUGAGAAAGGAUCUCUUCUUCAUUUUCAUUUGUCGCAGAUUUUGUCGAGUCACAAUCGAAUGACGUUUGCGAUGCUGCUCGAUCCUUUGAUUCGUAUUUAUAAAUUAAAGGCAGAUAGAAGGACAUUUCGCAGCAAACGAGAAAUCUGCGAGCAAGACAUUGUUCAUUAUAUAAGGUGACUCUUGCCUCUAUUUAAAAUGACUUUCCGAAGAGAAAUAAAGAGGACGAAAUAAACGUGAAGAUCGUGGAAUUAAAUGUAGGAAUUAAUUAAUUAAAGAAAGGAACAUUGAAGGUGAUAUUAGCAGUGAUUAAAGGAAGCAACUUGCACCGCUACUAUAAGUUAUUUAUGUAUUGUUUUGCGGAUUUUACUUCCAACAUCCUCUAUUAUGAGCACGCCAUUAAAUCAUUGUUCAGAACGCGUCGAGGAACAUAUAUAUUAAUUUCUAUUAUAGUUAUAUAGCACAGUUUUAUGUGUAUAUCUAUUUGUUAAGAAUUAGCCGAUAAGCUGUAUUAUUUGAGUGAGUUGUAUGAUCUUUUAGAUAAAGUAACAAUAUUCCGAGUAAGAAAUUUUAAAAAUUGAGCAUGAAAUGUGUGUGUUUCCUAUUACUUAUUUCUAUAAGAUUUAUAGCUGUUAUAAAAUUCUAGAAGAAUUAAUCUGUUAAAGCAAAGAAUAUAUUUUAUAUUUUAUUUAUAUAUUUUA